GCACGAUCAACUGAUGGACACACAGAAGCUCACUUGCUUUCUCUUUCAUUGCCUUAUAUCCUGUGUUUUCCUGACAGGACCCCGGGUGUUUUGUGGAAUCCUCUCUGUAUUUUCACCUUUGACUCACUGCUAAGGUUAAACAGAAUCUCAAGCUUCUUCCCUCUCACCUUCUUGGAUCUGCUCCUUUCUCCUGUUGGGAUUUUUUCUUCUCCUUUUUUUCACUAGCUGGUUGCCUGCUCUCCUGUGUGAAUAUCAAGCCUUCCUCUCCCCCCUGCUCUCCUUCUCCUCUUCCUCCCAUCUUCCACCGUUCCCUAUCUCCUUGUGCGUAGCUUUUGGGCUAUGCUCUCAUCGCCCACUAUGAUUCUCCAGCCUUAUGGACUGCCUGUCUACCAACAGACGCCCACAUGCUACCCCGGCAUAGUUCAGGGAGGUGCCACCCAGGAGGCCGGCCCGGGCAGCGGCGACCCAGCCCUAUCUCAGGUCUACGCCCAGCCUCCCUCUUACCCCCCACCGGGUCAAGGUCCGCCGACCUCUGCGGGCAGACUGCCCCCCCUGGACUUCACCUCUGUACAUGCCGGCACAGAGUAUGCAGAGCAUCACCAACUCAGAAUCUAUCAGGGCCCUCAGCUCGAAGGUGCCGAGGCGCUGACGUCCGGAUCCGCGGAGGACGCUUUGGUACCCGUGACCUCUGACCCCCAGUCUCUGAGUGUGUCCGUGUCGUCGGGAGGCGGGGCAGGAAGUGGAAGUGACGACGAGGGGUCAGGUAAGGCCCAACCCAAACGCCUCCACGUCUCCAACAUCCCGUUCCGCUUCAGAGACCCAGACCUCCGCCAGAUGUUUGGGCAGUUUGGCAAGAUCCUAGAUGUGGAAAUCAUCUUCAAUGAGAGGGGGUCCAAGGGCUUUGGAUUCGUCACCUUCGAGAGCGCGGCUGAGGCGGACCGAGCCCGAGAGAAGCUCAACGGAACAAUCGUGGAAGGGAGAAAGAUUGAGGUUAACAAUGCCACUGCAAGAGUAGUGACCAAGAAGCCCACAACGCCUCUGGUGAACGGGGAAAUUUCAACUUCUGGAUGGAAGAUCAAUCCUGUCAUGGGAGCAAUGUAUGCACCUGAGCUCUAUACAGUUGCCGGUUUCCCGUACCCUGUCGCGGCUCCCACCUUGGCCUACCGGGGCUCUCCCCUGCGUGGUCGAGGUCGAGCCGUCUACAACACGAUUCGCUCGGCAGCUGCAGCCACACCCACUGCUGCUGUCCCCGCCUACCCUGGGGUUGUAUACCAGGACGGACUGUAUGGACCAGAGGUCUAUUACCAGGGUGGAUAUCCAGCAGCGUAUAGAAUGGCUCAAUCAGCAUCUCCUGCCACAGCGACUUACAGUGAUGGAUAUGGACGGGUGUUCACAGCAGCCGCAGACCCCUACCACCACACAGUCGGACCAACGACGACAUAUGGAGUCGGAACAAUGGCCAGUUUGUACAGAGGAGGAUACAACCGCUUCACCCCAUACUGAGGCCCCCCAGCAGCGGGGGGAGAGAGAGGCUGGUGUUUGUCUCUCUUGGGACUCUGGGAUUGGCUGAUCCGUGGACACAGGACAGUUUAUGAGAUCCUUAUACUGAACGUGGAAGUGGUUUUUACCUCCUGCCUCCAUCGCACUCACCUCUCCCCCCGGGAGACUCAGCUGCCGGAAGUUGUAAAUACUGUAGGAACCAGUUGCUCUCCACAAGGAAAACUCAGCACAUGGAAGAGCAUGAUAUGUAAUAUUUAUAUAGAUAUAGAUAUAUAAACAGAUGCUUAAAGCCUUUAACGGAUGAUUGUUUUCUAAAUUUGAAGAGUUAAACAGUAGAGAAGUAGGUAGCUGCUGAGAAAAAUACUGUGAGAAAGACUUUGGGGAUUCGUGUCUGGGGUUUGUCAAGUUUUCCCGGGUCAAACUGUACAAUGUUAAAGGACUAAUUUUCAAAUGACAAGUAUUUACAUGUGUGUUUGAGUGUGUGUGCGUGCGUGUGUGUGGGAGCAUAUGAGAGAGGGUCAUGCAUCAACACUGAACCCAGAGACAGCCAUGACACUGGUUUUACAAACACACAACUAAUGUUUGUCUGGAUGUAGUUUGGAAUUUCACCAUUUUUGUUCUCUUUGCCUUUUCUCUAACAAUCUACCUCUCGUUCACUUUAAGCUUUUCACACAUAGACCUUGUUUCUUUUUCUCUGAUCUUUAAUCCUGCAGAGUUUUCUUUUCCUUUCCAUGAAUUCUAACUAGUUUCUGUUUGCGUGGCUCUGUACCUCACUGCCUGGCGAGCCUGGGGCCUGUAUCCAGAGCUUUGAGUUACUUUUUCCAGGUUCUUUUAAAUAUUUAUCUUACUUGUGUUCAUCCAGGGAAGUUUGAUUUUACUGAGUUGCUUUUAUCCCGGCUUUAUUCUCAGCGCUAGCUGCAGUGAGAAGCAGUGUUUUGCUGUUGGCUUCACAGACUGAGGAUUAAAAUCCUCGGUUUCUAGAACUUUUCUGCUGAAAAGACAGAUAAAAUCUCACCGUGUAAGAAUUUCAUUAUUCUCUUCUGUUCUUCGCCUUGUUUCUUUCUCUGUUUCCUGUAUAUUCUCUGCUCCCUCGCUCAAAUCUGCUGAAAGACUUCUCGUGUUGAUGGUUUCCUCUUGGCUUUGUCUUCGUGUUUGUUGCACUCUUUUCUGCUGAGCUUCACAUUUACACCUUUGAAUAAAACUGUUUUCUCUC